AUUCGUUCCGGUCGUCGUCUACACCUCCACACUCCGACUUGGUAAAUCCCCAGACUCAUCUCUCUCUCUCCUUUUCUUUUGAUUUCUAGAUUUGCUAGUUUGUUUCGAUUGUUCUUCUAGAUAGAAAUUAACGAGUGAUUUUUGAUUUAACCGAUUCGCAUCAAUGCCCCUUCUUCUUAUUGCGUCGAUCUCAUGGAUCGGGAUCCAUCGUUCCUCUAUCUGAUUUCUCUUGUGGGAAAGAAUUUCAAGCUUUAUGGUUUUGUAGUAAUGAACGUUUAUCAUUUUCGUUCGAGGGAAGAUUUUUAAACUUUCGUUAUGCGGAUUCUGGAUAUUAGGCUGUUUUUUUUUUUUUUUUUUAAUCGAUUGAAGGAUGUCAAUUUAUAGAUUGGGCUGUAGAUUGCUAGUUUAUGUCAUUGAUAUUGAAUUGUAAGUUUUUCGAUCUUCCAGUCAUACAAAUCACUAAUUGCCUCAAGAUAGGAAAAUCCAUUGGCAGUAUAUAGAUGGAGUUCAUAUCUUAAGCACAGGUUGAGAAGAAGAAAGAAGAGAUGGCAGGACACAAGGUUGCACAUGCGACAUUGAAAGGGCCUAGCGUUGUCAAGGAGUUAUUUAUCGGUUUGGCACUCGGUUUAGCUGCUGGUGGUCUUUGGAAGAUGCACCAUUGGAACGAACAGAGGAAAACCAGAACUUUCUAUGACUUGCUUGAGAGAGGUGAGAUCAGUGUUGUAGCUGCUGAAGAGUAA